CUUUCUUUCAGGCAUUGGCUUAGACCAUUAUUAAGCUCCAUCAAACUGAUGAAACCCAUGUUCUCAUCUGGAUCUAAACUAUUGUCCAAAUGCUUCUAUAAAUGCAUUUCCAUGGUUUUCUCUGUGCAGGAGGGACCCAUCUAAGUUUUAACCUCAUGUUGCAGCAUAAGCAGGAUUGACUAAGUCGAUGGAUUUGUUAUCUAGGGAACACCAAAUCCUUUUAGACGAUGGACUUCUACAAGAGGCAAUUUCUUGAAAUACUGACCCUCCAUGUAUAACAUGGGGGGCAAUGGAUUAGGUACUAAAGCUUAAGAUUGAAUUAGUUGACCUAAACUUUAAUCAGGGUGAACGAGCUAUAUGUUGAUCAAUUGGCUACUUCAUUAUAAAUACAUCAAUGUGCUUUUUCUUAAGAAGUUGGUCUUUCAAUGCAUGAUGAAGAAUAGAAUUAUAUUCUGUGCUGCAAUCUGCUUGGCCUUCUUAGCUGUUAUUCUCCUGGCCUUGCUCUCGCCGGUAUCCCACAGAAAGCAGGCCAAGCACGACAGAAAGCCACCAUGGGCAGACCUGUCCCUCUACAUCCAACGGCCACAUUCUAAAGAAAAUGCCAGAUCUAACAAAAUGAAGCCUGUAACAGAACCAGAUUCUGGGAUUUUUGUCUUCCGCCGAACGCUCACAAAGGGACCUGAGAACACUUCCCAGAUUGUCGGAAACGCGCAAGGUUUCAUCAUUCCUAACGAACAAUUUGCUCGUUCAUCGUUCAAUAUCAUCUAUCUGAGUUUUGACACACCAGAAUAUUCGGGCAGCUUGGGUGUCCAUGCCAAACGUAUCGGGCAUGAGAAUAGAGAAGAAAUGACAGUAGUUGGGGGGACAGGUUCUUUUGCUUUUGCACAAGGGAUAGCUAUUUUUCUUCAGACAGAGAAGCAGACAUCUAUUACAGAUACAUCUUAUCAUUUAAAGCUUCAACUUCAAUUCCCCAAAUGAUAAUGAUAAUGCAAAGUAAUCCCACAUGCUUCUUUCUUUGAUGAUAUGUAAUAAAGCACAAUUUUGUGUACCACUGAGGAAGCAUCCUCAGCAUUCCAGUUGUAAAAACUACCUGAGUAAGAUAUACAUUAUUGUUGGAAUAAAGACUAAUGGACUUGAGAUGUCAUU